CGGACAUCCGGCCGAAUCCAAACGGCCGACGGCUAUAUAGGCCGACAGUCAGAUAGCCGAAACUAUUUUAGCCGACAAGGUCAAAAGGCCGACACUACGAAAAGCCGACACUAAAAUAAAUUAAGUAUAAGCUAUACAUUUUCAAUUCGAUAACGUAGUGUUGUCUUUUGUUGUAAUAAUGUUAUCGAUAACUUAUCGAAAUUUAACGAUACCUAAUACCUAUAGCCUGUAAUCUACAGUGGGUAUUGCUAUUGCAUGUUCAUAAAUACUGUUUCAGUUGAUUCGUAACCACGCCGCGUCUUUGCAUUCAUUUUUGUGUCGUUGUUUAAUUUAAUUUAUGUAUUUGCAUUAAAUAAUUAUGGAAUAUAAAAUUGAAAUUUUUGGUACAAAAUUAUUAAUUGACAAUUUUAUCAUGAUUAAAAACAAAAACCGUAACAAUAAAUAUUAUUGGGAAUGUGAAAAGAGGAAACAUACUAAACGGCAUAAUAGUAAUAAUGAAUAUUGUAAUGCAAGAGCAGUAACAAUUCUUGUUGAUGGUAAUCAUAUUGUUAAAGAUAAUUCUUUUUUAAAUCACAACCAUGGGCCUGACCCAUGCCGAUUGUUGGUAAAGAAAAACAUAAAAUAUAUUGUUUCAAAAGCUCUGUCUUCGAGAGAUAAACCUUCGCAAAUAAUACAGGAAGCAACGAGUCGCAUCCCCGUCAAUUCUCAGCCAUACAUGCCAUCAGUUGAAGCAACGCGAAAAAUUAUUUCACGGUGUAGAAAACAUCAGAAUCCACCAGAACCAACAAGUCUUUCACAAAUAGAUAUUCCUCUUAACUUAUGUAAGUCUUUUAAUGGUCAAACAUUUUUACUAAAAGAAAGUACUAUUGAGAGUCACAAAAUAUAUAUUUUUUCUACUAAAGAUGAAAUAUCAAAACUUGUCAAUGCCAAUUAUUGGGUUAUGGAUGGUACAUUUAAAACUGUGCCAAGUAUAUUUUUACAAAUGUACACCAUACAUGCACCUGUUGGUGGAAAUAAUUCUAGAAUUUUGCCAUUAGUAUAUGUUUUAAUGACCAGUAAACAACAAUGUUGUUACGAACGUUUAUUCGAAGACCUAAUAUCAAUUUGUGAUGAUUUCGGUUUCGAUGUUUCACCAAAAUGUAUUAUAACAGAUUUCGAAAAAGCUGCAAUUAAUGCAGCUAAUAAAGUAUUUCCAGAAUGCCAACAAAAAGGGUGUUUUUUUCAUUUAGGCCAAAAUAUUUGGCGAAAAAUCCAGUCUAGUGGAUUGGCUACUAAAUAUGGAGAAAAUGAAGAAUUUAGUUUACAACUUCGAUGUAUGUGGUCACUUGCAUUUUUACACCCAUCAGAUAUACCUAAUGCUUUUGAUCAAUUGAAAGAUUCAUUACCCUAUGACAUUCAAAAUUACUUUGAAGAAAAUUACGUGCAUGGAAAAGUACGAAGGAAAUUUAGAAAUGGAAUAGUAUCUCGAUAUGAGCCAUUGUUUCCACCAUCAUUUUGGUCAAUACAUUUCAAUCAUGAAAACAAUAUUCCAAGGACACAAAACAAAGUCGAAGCAUGGCACAAAAGAUGGAAAGUAUUAGUAGGAGCUGAUCACGUUGGGGUGUAUCGUAUAAUUGAGGAAAUGAGAAAAGAGCAACAACACGUUGUGGGGCAAAUUCAAAUUAUUUUAUCCGGACAAGCAAGGCCAAAACAAAGUUCAAAGUACGUAAAACGUCAAAACCAAAUUCAAACUAUUCUAAAUGAUAAAGAAAACAGAACAACCCUCGAGACAAUAAGAGGUAUUGCAUACAAUUUGCACUAUUAAUUUUUAUUUAUUAACAUUUAACUAUAUAACAUAAUUAUCAAUUAUAAUUUUAUAAACUAUUAGUAUUUUUUAUUUUUUAUGUAUAAAUAUCAAAUUUUUUAAUUUUUAAAACAUAUUAGGAAUAUAAAAUGUACUCAAUAAUAAUUUAUUAGUAUUUUUUAUUUUUAUGUAUAAAUAUCAAAUUUUUUAAUUUUUAAAACAUAUUAGGAAUAUAAAAUGUACUUAUAAUUAUUAACAAUACACUAAAUUUUAUUUUUAAGAAUAAGUAUCACCUAUAUAUAUAUAUCUGUGUGUGUGCAUAAUUUACCUAUCUCAACAUAAAAUUACUUAAUCGGCCAUUUAAUAUGUCGGCCUAAUGCGUGUCGGCCUAUAAAUUUGUCGGCCAUUUAGUAUGUCGGCCUAUUGCGUGUCAGCCAAAUGUCUGUCGACCAAAUGUCUGUCGGCCGAUUGUA